CCCUCCUGCCCGUUGCCAAGUAGGUUGCAAACGGACAUCAAUGUAAAAAUGGUUUAAGCCAAGUACCAAGUUCAACCUUGAAGGAGAGGCGGGUACAGUCACGAGGUCCGAAUUCUAAACUUGACUCCAACACACAAUCACCAAAUAUUCAUGACUGAGGAAAGACCAAUAAAGAUCGCAAAAAGAGAAAGAGACCGGCCUCUCCAAAUAGUGGUGGUGGAGGAUCACCAUGAGGUAAUCCCGUUCAUAUACAGGCUCAUCGGAUCGAAAAAACUCCCUGUAAAUGGGAAUCUGCUCGUACAUUUUGAUUCGCACCCUGACCUCCUCGUCCCGAAGUCGAUGCAGGCGGAUGUCGUGUGGACCAAAGACACCUUGUUCCCUCACCUGAGCAUAGAAAGCUGGAUAAUGCCUGGGCUGUACGCUGGGCAUUUUAAUUCUGUUGUUUGGGCGAAACCUCCGUGGGCGACGCAGAUCCCAGACGGUCAGUACGAUUUCAAAGUUGGAAAAAAUAAAGCUGGUGAAAUCGGUGUCACAAGCAAACUCGAUUACUUUGUGGCAGAGGGGAUUUUCAGCCCAGAGGAAGAACUUGUAAAAACACAUCAAAUUGAUUUUCAAGUACAAACAGUUGGAAAGUCCAUUGUUAACGAAGAAGAAAAUUACACAUUCACAAAAAACAUAACACCCACAGACAGUUACAUUCUAGACAUAGAUUUAGACUAUUUCAGCACAAGGAAUCCGUUUCGAGACCUUUACAACAAUGCGAACUUAUAUGAGUGCCUUAAAGAACUUUAUUUCUUUGAAGUUCCCACAUCAAAGGAGACAAAUGUCAUAGUUGAAUGUGUUAAAAAACGCAAGGAGCAAUUGUCAGAUCUGCAGAGGCUUUGGGAACACAUAGCAGAAUCUGGGAUAUACGCAGAGCCUGUACCAUCAUCCGAAAGGUGGCCAAAAGUUCAGGAAAUAGCAAAGAAGGUACUCUCUGUUUAUAAAGAGGUCGAUUGGGAGAUAGUCCACGAUGCUGGAUGCACAUGGGACAGUACCGACAUCCCACAUCAUGUUUCGACCAAGGAAGAACUCGAACAUCUUAUGGAUGUGUUCAAAAAAGUACUUGAUGAACUCGAAUUUCCACCUGGCAUUGUCACAAUAUCCCGGUCGACUGAAGACGACUAUUGCCCUGCAGAAGAUGUAGAAUGGAUUCAAGAAAAGGUUAUAAAUAUGUUAAAAGAAAAGUUCAAAGAUGUUAAGGUGGAUGAGGCCUACCUGGAUGAUUGAAUACAAUGGCUGUUAAAUUGUGCUUUGGAUGUGUUCCUAAAUAAUAACUAAUAAAUGACUGAUUCAACGUUA